AUGAAGCUCACAAUACUGUUAGGGCCGUUGUCCAUAGCGGCAUGCCUGGUGGGCGCCGCGGCCAAUGACACCAAAUGUGUCAUGCAACAUGUUGUGUUUCCUCCCAAGAACCUCGCAUCACCUAUCACCCACGUCAUCAUGGCCUUUCUACGCUCUGAUGUGUUUCUACCCGAGGAACCGCCCGAGGAGUACCCUUUGUUCAUGCCUGUAGAGGAGGUGCGAAACCACUUUGAGUCGGACACCAAGGUCACCGUUGCCAUCGGUGGUUGGGGCGAUACCGAAGGGUGGCAGAUUGCUGCACGCACACGCGAGUCGAGGAAGAAGUGGGCUGAGCAGGUCAAGAUUAUGGUCGACAGGACGGGUGCUGACGGUAUCGACAUUGAUUGGGAGUAUCCAGGUGGCAAUCGCGACGACUACAAAGAAGUCCCCAACUCGGAGCGCGUUUGGGAAAUCGAAGCCUUUGUGAAGCUCCUGCAGCAGCUGCGCAGGACACUGGGCAGGAAUAAGCUCCUCACCGUUGCGACGCCGGGUCAAGAAGUUGAUCUCAUUGCCUACACGCACAAAACCGUCCCCCGCAUCAUCGAGGAAGUCGACUUCAUCAACGUGAUGACAUAUGAUCUCAUGACACGCCGUCACAAAACCACCAACCACCACUCGGGCAUCCAGCAGUCGCGCGACUCCAUCCAACGAUACAUGGACCGCGGCGCACCCGCCGAGAUGCUCAACUUGGGUCUAGGCUAUUAUGUCAAGUGGUUCUACACCACAGACGACUGCUCGCCCGAGGACCCCAUCGGCUGCCCGACACUCCUGCUCGAAGACCCAGAGACGGGCGCCGAUCUCGGCAGGACAGGGGGCUUCAGUUGGCACGAUGAAGUUCCCGAAGACGUGAUUGAAUCCUUCGCACGUGCGCAAGCAGACGGCAUGUACACCGAGGAUGGCAGCUAUGGGUACUGGGACGAAAAGGAGUUGCGCUGGUGGACGUUUGACACUCCCAAGUCGAUUGCUCAAAAAAUGUACGAGCUCGUUCAUGGGAUGAAGCUUGGAGGGGUUUUCGCUUGGGGGCUGGGCGAGGACGCUCCGGCGUGGAACCACCUCACAGCGACAGUUAAGAUGUUGGAGUGUGAGGAAAAGGAGGAAUUGUGA